CUGAGGGAGGAGUCUUGAGUGUCAACAAGUUGAGGAGCAUUGCUGUUCCCAGGAGGGUAAGAUUGGAAUUUGGAAGUGAAAAGUAAAGGAUGCCAAAGUUUUUCCAGAUAACUACAAAGCAGUGAAGCAAAAAUGACAGAAUGAACCGGCAUCAUGCAGAAAGAAAGCCAUUCCUGGUGCCUAUAAACGACGAAACAAAGCAUGAAGGAGAAAAUCAAUUGGCAAAAGCUGAACUCCCUCCUCAAAAAAUCCUGAAAAUCGAUUUGGACAACUGCCAUCCUGUUGUUCCAUGCCACCAGGGACUGUUUCCUGAGCUAACUCCAAAAACUGUGGAAGAGUUGCCUCCUCCCCCGAAAAUAGACAAAUACAAGCUUGCAAGAUUUUUAACAGACAAGGCCAUCAGGGAAAAGAGGAUUUUUACUAUCUGUGGACCCUACCCAGUAAUCCGUACAUCAUUAAGAAAGAGAGGAUGGGUAGAAAGAAAACACAUCACUAAAGGUGACAUUCAAGAUCAUAAAGAUGAUGGGAAUGAAACAGAACAUGACAGUGUUGCUAAAACUGAAAGUAAAAGUGCCUUGCGGGAAGAGGAAAACCAGUUUACCAAUACCAGUGACAUCCAUGAGAUAAUGUCUAGGUUGGUAAGAAAUGAAGAAACCUCCUUUUACUGGACUAUAAAAAAGGAUGCAGUCGAUUACUACAAUCUCCAUGUUGAUCAGAUUUUGAAUCAUUACGCAAGAACAGGCUCCUUUACCACCAAAAUUGGACUUUGUCUGAAUUUGAGGAAUGUGCCAUGGUACGUAUCCGCAGACCCAAAUGCUUUCUUCCCUCGGUGUUAUGGCAUUUGUAUGGAUGACGAGAAAUAUGAUUUUAUCGAUGACUUCAGAAAAACAGCAGCUGCCUGCAUAGUCAAAUGGGUUGUUAAUUUACAUAUUUCUGGUGAUAAAUAUAAAUGGUUAUGUACAGAAAAUACCAAGAAAGAAGAUUCAGCUGAGAGGAAAGACUCUGAUGUUGAAACAGUGAAAGAGGUGCCUGAAGGACUAGUAGAAAUGGCUUGCAAAGUGUGCGAAACUUACCUCCAUCAAAUUGCACAUGACGACAUUGACACAGACAUAGACAGUCCUCCAGUACUUUCAGAAAAAGAAUGGAACCAACUCCUUGAACAGUACUACUCUCUCAUUCAUGAAGGUGCAGUGAUUUGUAAUGCAGACAAUUAUUUUGCUCAGUGUCAAAACAUUUUGCACAAAAUUAUGCUAGCAGACCCACAACAAGAGAUUGAUGGUCUCCAUAACAUUUGGAUUAUUAAACCUGGAGCAAAAUCCCGUGGCAGAGAAAUAGUAUGCAAGAACCGACUUGAUGAAAUAUUGAAAUUAGUUGAACCAACAGAUCAGUUUCCUAUAAAGGACCAUAAAUGGGUUGUCCAAAAGUAUAUUGAGACCCCAUUAUUGAUUUAUGAUACAAAGUUUGAUAUUAGGCAGUGGUUUCUUGUGACAGACUGGAACCCACUAACAUUGUGGUUCUACAAGGAAAGCUAUUUGAGAUUUUCCACUCAACGUUUCUCCUUAGACAACCUACACAGUUCCAUUCACCUUUGCAAUAAUUCCAUCCAGAAAAAUUACAAGAAUGCGCCGGACCGCAGUUCUCAGUUGCCACAUCACAAUAUGUGGACCAGCACUAAAUUCCAAGAGUAUUUGCAAAAGAGAGGCCUCGGUCAUGUUUGGCACAAUGUGAUCUAUCCAUCCAUGAAAAAAAUCUUAAUUUAUACCAUGAGGAUGGCUCAGGACCAGGUUGAGCCACGGAAGAGCAGUUUUGAACUCUAUGGAGCAGAUUUCAUUCUUGGAAACGACUUUAAGCCUUGGUUGAUUGAGAUCAAUAGCAGUCCAACCAUGUAUCCUUCUACACCAAUCACAGCAGACUUGUGCGCCCGGGUUCAAGAAGACACAAUAAAAGUUGUUGUUGACCGAAAGCUUGAUAGAAACUGUGACACUGGAACUUUUGAACUUCUCUGGAGGCAGCCCAUGUUGGAUCUGCCACCAUUUAAUCCAGCAGACCUUUUUGUGGAGGGCAUCAGUGUGAAGAGACUGAAAAAGCAAAUAGUUCCCUUGACUAAAUUUAAUUUCCUUGAACCACUGGUGAAUGUCGUGCAACCUGUGACCAGUGCAGAAAACAAAGGAGAUGCGCUGACACCUGUCAUGGACAAACAAAGCACCCAAAUAAGACAUGGAAAUAGGAUACCUUGCACCUUGCCAAAGACCCUCAAGAAACUGGAAGAGAAAAGCCUGAAAGUAAAAAGUGCCCACAAAAAGCCUAUGAAAUCCAUAGACUUUCCUCGCAUAGUUGAUGGCAGUGAAGCAACACCCAUAGCUGACAAAAAAAAGAUGAAAACAAUUAAAGAGCCAAACCAUCAAACUGGAACUCCAGCAGGCACCGCCUUUCCAAAGUCUAAUGCAUUAGACUGGGCAUUGCUUCAGCCCUCUAAAGAUGCAGGUCUUUGUGUACCAUACCAUCCAUUGACUAAUAGCUACUCAGGCCUCAUCCUCAAGUGCAACACAGUGAGGCAGAAGAAUACUGAGCCAUCCGGCCUCUCGAGAAGUUGCUUGUCAGGAUUGGGAGACACUGGAGUUGUAUGGGAUAUCGGCCGGAGAGCUGCAAUAGGUCUGCAGGAAAAACAGAAGACUCCUUGCCUAAUUUGUGGAGAUGGUUUCCAGCCAGCAAAAGCUUGUAAACACUGCAGCUCUUUUUGUGCAACUGUAUUACAAGGAGGGUCGUACUUACCAAUGACUUCAUGUUCUCCUCCUGAAAAGAUGGGGAAAAACAGGCUUGCUGUCCCAUGUUAUGGGCUUCCAAAAUACUUCUGACUCUUUUCAAAGUACCACGAGAAAGUGUUUUUUUAAAUCUAACUCCCUAAAGAUAAGACAGAGAUCAAGAACCUUCCUUGUACAUAUAUAUGUAUAGAUAUAAAAUCCAAGAAAAGCUGAA